CGUGAUGGUCACUCUCCUUCCCCUCUGUCUCCCCCAUCCCCUCGCAGUCCAGACGCUCUCUCUGUUCCCAUCUGUUGGACGCUCAAUCCUUUGAACGAUCAAUAUUUCAGGAUCAAUAUUCAGCUGAAGGAUGAAGUUUCCCUGCGCGAGACGGACACUUCCUCACUUCCUCCUUCUCUUCCUUCUCCCAGGAUGCUUUGGAGCUCACGGUCGCUUUGCUCAGAAGCUGCUGACCGACUUGUUCGCCAACUACACCAACGCACUGCGGCCUGUGGCGGACACGGAACACAUCAUCAACGUGACACUGCAGAUCACUUUGUCACAGAUCAUCGACAUGGACGAGCGCAACCAGAUCCUCACCACCUACCUCUGGGUGCGUCAGAUGUGGAUGGACGCCUUCCUCACCUGGAAGAAGGAAGACUACGACGGCCUCGAUACCAUCCGCAUCCCCAGCAGCUAUGUGUGGAGGCCUGACAUCGUUCUGUACAACAGUGCAGAUGACGGGUUUUCCAGUUCCAUGGAGACAAACGUGGUUCUCAGGAGCGACGGGCAGGUGAUGUGGGAUCAGCCAGCCAUCACCAAAAGCUCUUGUUCUGUGGACGUGGCCUUCUUCCCUUUCGACCUACAGCAGUGCCUCUUCACCUUUGGCUCCUGGACUCACAAUGGGAAUCAGAUGGAUCUGGUGAAUGCCCUGGACACCGCAGACCUGGCAGACUUUGUCCCAAAUGUGGAGUGGGAGGUCCUCGGAAUGCCAGCGAAGAAGAAUGUGAUCCUGUACGGUUGCUGCUCAGAUCCUUACCCGGACAUCACGUUCACGCUGCAUCUGAAGAGACGGGCUUCCUUCUACAUCUUUAACCUCUUGAUCCCCUGCAUGAUGAUCUCCUUCCUGGCACCGCUGGGCUUCUACCUCCCAGCUGACUCUGGAGAGAAGGUGUCACUGGGAGUCACAGUGCUGCUGGCGCUCACUGUGUUUCAGCUGCUGGUGGCCGAGAGUAUGCCACCGUCUGAGAGCGUCCCACUGAUAGGAAAGUACUACAUCGCCACGAUGACGAUGGUCACCGCAUCAACAGCUCUCACUAUCUUCAUCAUGAACAUACAUCACUGUGGGCCCGAGGCUCGGCCGGUGCCUCAGUGGGCCGAGCGCUUUAUCCUGCGCUACCUGGCCAGGAUCUGCUUUGUCUACGAGGUCGGCGACAACUGCCUCACUGGGUGUACAGCCUCGCAAGAGGAGCCCUCACUGCAGUCUGAGAACACCACUGCUAACUUUGAGAAAGGUACCAACUGGGAUGUGAACGGGAAGGCCGGUGGAGGAGGAACAGGGAUUGAAGGAGGGGACCAUGGAAAGACGGACACUCUCUUUGUGACCAUUAACCAGUUGGAGGAGAAAAAGGGAAACGGAAGUGGUCAUGAAGCUAAAGAUCAAGAGUCCAACAGCUCCCACAAAGGUGGGGGAAAAGAAUCUGUAAAGCAGACGUCAUCUGAAGAAGAAGAAGAGGUGGAGAAACCCAACAAGCCCCCGGUGAGUGCACGAUGUAGCUGCAAUAACAGAGAACUCUUCCAGAACGUGGCAUACAUCACUGGCUCCUAUCAGGAGCAACGUGCUGCCCAACUACGAAUCGGAGAGUGGAGGAAGGUGGCCAAGGUGAUGGACCGCUUUUUCAUGUGGCUCUUCUUCAUCAUGGUCUUCAUCAUGAGCAUCCUCAUCCUCGGAAAAGCCAUUUAAAGAAGCAACAAAACGUGUUUUUUCUACUUUAACAUGCCACACAGCAUGCUCACCACUUGUUUAAGUUCCUUAUUUGGAGCUGAAAAUUCACUUUUUUAAAUAUAAUAACAUCGAAAUGAAGGGAAACAAAAGACAGAAUGAAAUGUGACUUUGUAUUGUUUGCUGCACCAAAAAGCCAAACGAUUUUUUUAAAUUUCUUAAGUUUGUUUCACCUUUUAUGUGUCACAGUAUUUGUCA